CAGUUUUCAAAUUCCCUAUUAUUGUCUGACAUUUUGUUCAGUACUUCAGAAAUGUUGGCCCAUUCUUGAUUGUAUAAAUCUCUUGUAAAAGAUUGUGUAAAUUUCAUCGUUAAUAAAAUAGGAUUAUCUUCAACGCAUUCUAAAGAAUAUGGAAAGAAACAAAAAACUGUCACUUUAUGAAACUUCAGUUUCAUAAAGUGACAGUUUUUUACUAUUACUACUUAUUUUCAUCAGUGCACAGUCAUAACAAAUUUUCUAUUUUUCCACGUUGCCAGAUUUUUACUUAAACCAUGAGUGACGAAGAUGUUGAUACCAAAACCGGUAAGAAGAGUAGAGUUGGAAGAAUCAAAUAUAAACAACAGGUUUAUUUACUUUCCUGUAUAGAAGAGAACCCAAUUUUACUAACGAAGCAAUUCACUCGAGCAUUUUCUAAAGUUCUUUACAAUCAGGAGUGGGCCAAACUGACAGAAAACUUGAACAAAAUGUCUGAUAACAACAGGGAAUCUGAAAAAUGGCAGAGAGUUUUAGGAUCUUGGGUAAGCAAGGUGAAGAAUAAGGUUGCUGAAUUAAAGAAAAUCAAAAAAUCCACCGGAAAAGGGAAUCUACUGAAAACUUGCACAACACUGACAGAUUUGGAGGAACGUCUGUACGCCCUUAAAGGGAGAACAUCUGUUGAAGGAGAUGGAGAAACAGGGGAGAUAGGCUUUGAAAGUGACACUGAAGCUGUUGAUUUCGAUGAUGAACCUAGGCCUAAAAAACGUAAAGUUCCAACACCACCACCAUAAGAAUCUAAGAAUGAACACCGUCAACCGGUCUUGGAACCAAAAAUAAUAGAUCUCAAUAGUAGUUCUAACAUACCGAUAAAUGUUUCUUCAGAAGAGGAAUUUGACUUUGAAACUGUUCCACCGCCCAAAAAAAGGGAGCUCUCUGUGGAAGGUGCUGCCAACUUAAGGAAAACAGAAAAUCAGAACCCUUCUGUAUCUACAAAUCCUAAGAAAACCAGAGGUGCUGUUUUAUUACAGAAAUUAAAAAAUUCGUCUUCCUCUUCACUUCAAGAUGAAAAGAUUUUGGAGUUUCGAAAAAUGCACGAAGAAGCAAUGACAGUCCAAACGGAAAUCAGAGAUACAUUAAAUAAUAUUUUAAACGUCAUAAUUCAAACGUCCGAAAACCUUUUGAAUUCAUUAAAUUCUCCAGAAUCUCCAGAAUAAUCGAAUACGAUAUUUUUUAAUGAGAACCAUUUUCUUCUUUACUGUUGUGAUACUAAUUCUUACAAUUCAAUCUAUUUUCGCAAUUUUGUUUCAAAUUUAAAUUUUUCAAUUAUAAAAAGACAGUAGAAUAGAUUUAUUUCAGCGUUGCCAACCUUGGCGAUUUAUCGCCCAUCUGGCGAUUUUUUUUGAUUGGCUUCUUAAAUUUUUAAUUUGUCGAUACGAGCCAAAUUAACUCAUUGUUAAUGUUGUA